AUGAAACUUCUCGCUGGAGCCACCUUGGCCUCCGUGGCUGCCGCGGCCUCUUCAUCGGCCGCUUCAUCGGCCGCUUCAUCGUCCCCGGCAUUUGCGCCCACCGGCGCGACCUAUGCGUCGGGCUUUGACAUGACCCGGAGCUGGGCCAACCUCAGCCCCUAUAAGGAUGCGGGGGGCUUCGGUCUUCCCAAAGGCGUGCCGCAGGGAUGCCAACUCUCCCAGGUGCACGUUCUGCAUCGACACGCCGAGCGAUACCCGACUGACUACCCUCUGGACGGCGCGGGCAUGCAGGACUUCGCCUCUAAAUUGACCAACUAUACCAAGGCACACUCCGGCAACACCGUUGCUAGCGGACCGCUGAAGUUCCUCGAUAACUGGAAGUAUGUCAUUGGUGAUGACACCUUACUGGAGACCGGUGCAGCCACUGAGGCGACCUCGGGUGCUCAGUUUUGGGUCAAGUAUGGCCGUCUGUUGUACCGUGCCGAUCGUGACAGCAUGGCUGCCUGGAAUUCGGAUCUCAAUGUUUAUCCUAAUGGCACUGCUCGCCCGAAGCCGGUCUUCCGGACCACAUCCCAGGCACGUAUCUUGGAGAGUGCUCGCUGGUGGCUUAGUGGCUUCUUCGGUAAUACUGGUGCCAACAGCUCCUAUGAGCAGUACGACCUGGUGGUUAUCCCCGAGGUUUUCCCCUUCAAUAACACUCUGGCUUCGUAUGAAUCGUGCCUGGGCGACAUGACCGAGGGUGACGACUCUGCUGAGACAUUCAUCUCGCGCUACACCAAGCAUGCCCGCACGCGUCUCUCUUCCUACUUUCCCCGGGAUUUCAAUUUGACCGCCAUGGAUGUCUUGGCCAUGCAGAACCUUUGCGUGUACGAGUACACCAGUCUCGGCGGCUCAUCAUUCUGCUCCCUUUUCACUGAGCAGGAGUGGAAAGACUUUGCCUACAAUGUUGACGUCCAGUACUACGGCGACUAUGCCUUCGGAUCCCCCACCGGCCGGGCCCAGGGCAUUGGCUAUGUUCUGGAACUCGCCGCUCGUCUUCAGCAGAAGCUCAUCACCUCUAGUGACACCAGCAUCAACUAUACCUAUGACGACAACACCGCUCAAUUCCCAUUCGGCCAGCCGUUCUACAUGGACAUGACUCACGACGAUAUCAUUCUCUCCGUCAUCACUGCCCUCGGGCUUGAGUACUUCAAGUAUGGUCCCAAUGGCCUGCCGGGUGACGUGGACCAUGCUCCCUCAAACCGCACCUUCUCCCUCACUGAGAUGACUCCCUUCGGUGCGCGUUUCUUCUCCGAGAUCUGGACGUGUCCCCACCAUGUUUCUUUCAACGAGCUGGAUCCCGUACUCUACGAGAACCCCCAUCUCGAAACUACUCCGCAUACUACGGAUUACAUCCGUUUUGUGUUGAACAAUGCGCCCUUACCUCUAAAGGGGCUUGUCGGUUGUGAGAAAUCCAAGAACGGCUUCUGUCGGGUUGACCAAUUCUUGGAGGGCGUACCGACCCUAAAGAACAAUGCUAAGUACCAGGAAGCUUGCUUCGGCAACUAUACCGCCGGAAGCCAAGUCGGUGAUGGUGUUCCAGACUCUUAA